GACCGGUUGUGGCCUGUAGUCGGCUUCAGUCGGCUCGUAGCUGGUGCGGAGCGCGUUUGUUGUGCGUUCCACACUCUCUCUCUCUUUCUCUCUCUCUCUCUCUCACUCACAUACGCUUCCGUUCGCCUCGCGCGCGCGUUCUCUCCUACUCGGUAUUGUCGCCAACGUCUCGUCGUCGUCGUCGUCGUCGUCGUCGUCGUCACCGUCUCGUCUAUUCUCGCGUGUCGCGCCUGUAACGAGGUGAUGAACGGCCGGUGGCAUCGCGGAUCGUGGCCACGCCGAGCGGCCGAGUGACAGUGCCCGGUCGUCCUGCCUGUCCUGGCGACGGACGAUGACCAUUAACGUGGGGGACAGCUACGACGCUGCGUUCGCUCGUGGAUGCGCGCGACGGGAAAUAGUGUGCUCUGUGUGAUCUACGUUCCUCUCUUUUCUCUCCAGUGUGUUGACGUCUCGCACCGUCGCUACGUCGCACCGGAUACGCGUUCCUGCGCGGCGAAUCGUGUGUGUAUAUAUGUAUAGCUACAUAUAUAUAUAGGCGAGUACGCGCGUGCAUACGUCUCCUUGUCUCGCUUUCUCUCUCUCUCUCUCUCUCUCUAUCUCUUUAUCUCUAUCUAUCUCGCUGACCGCGUGUGUGCACCGUACACUGCAUGUCUUGGAUUAUACACCGUCAGCGAGCAGCGGAGAAUCAGCCGGCCGCCCCGCUCGAGGAUAAUAAUUACGACCGCCGGUGUCCUCCACAAGAGCGCCUAUAGGCCUAUCACGCCUUCGCGUGUCCUUCGCGUGUCGAGCUCGCGGAGGGACGGCCGAACGACCAAGAAGUGGAAGAGGGUUGCUACCCUGUACGUCGGCCGCGGUCGUGCGACAAGUAGCGCGCGAUCUCGUCCCGCCCUCGCCCUGCCGAGGCAUCGUCGGCGAGCAUCGGCGUCGAGAGUGCCGGCAGUCAUCGUCGCCGUAGUCCUCGUCAUCAUCCGGCUAUCAUAGCGCGGUAGCAGCACCCCGAAGCCGGGGGUGGUGGUUCACAUCGUCUCGCGGCGAUGGUGGCAGCUGCCACUGCUGCGGUCACCGCCACUGCCAGCGUGGUGGCCAUGCAGGACCGUCAGGACAUCUCCGCACAGUACAAUCAGAUGCAGAGCCAACAUGGAAUACCCCACCAAACCGUACCGCCGUACAACGCGGGGUACGGUCAAAGAGGACCAAUGGCGGGAAUGGGGCCAGUCGGGAUGAACAAUUUCAGUAACUUAGGCACCGUGAGCCCGAUGCACCCUAUGAAUUCCAUGAAUUCGAUGAACAGUAUGAAUGGCAUGAACACGAUGAAUCCCAUGACGAUGGGAAGCAUGAACAGUAUGAGUGGCAUGAACGCGAUGAACUCUAUGAGCUCUAUGAGCAGCAUGGGCAACAUGGCGAUGAACAACAUGAUGGGACCCAACAAUAUACAGAUGAACAAGAUGGCCGCUAUGCAGCAGGCUCAGUCGCACCAAGGCUAUUCCCGAAGACUGGCGCCUUAUCCUAAUCCGACCAUGCACAUGGCGCAGAAACGGCAGCAGGUGCCGUCGUACCCCGGCCAAAGCCCGGCGGCGAUGCAGCCGGGCGGCUUUAACGGCAUGACGACGUCGCAGUACCCGAGUAACUACCCCAGCGGUGCGCGGCCGAGCUUUCAGCCGCAGUAUCAGCAGCCUACGCAGAGCAUGAUCCCCAACGCCGCCGCAGCCGCGGCCGCGGCGGCGGCCACCGCGGGGGUCUUCGGGCCUAACACGGCGAUGAUACGGGGCUCGAACAUGAGGCAGGCGGCGCCGUCUUACAACGCCGCGUCGCAGGCAGCGGCGGUCGCCGCGAACCAAUAUUACAGCAACGCCGGGGUGCCCGUGAACAUGGGGCCGACGGGCACGGGGGCGGUUGGCAAUCAGUUCGUAGGUCAUCAACAGCCGAACGCAGGAUACGGAGGCGGCGGCGGCGGCGGUGGUGGCGGUGGCGGCAGCGGUGGUGGCGGUGGCGGCGGCGCCGCCAGCGGGACCUAUGGCGCCGCGUCCGCCGGCGCCGUGGCGACCAGUCAAUACCAACAGGACGUGGCGGCGUCGAUGAAGUCGACGAGCGGCGGCAACGUCAGCUAUCAGCACAGCCCCAUACCCGGCAACCCGACGCCGCCGCUCACGCCCGCCACCAGCAUGCCUCCUUACAUCAGCCCGAAUCCUGAUAUCAAACCGAACUUCAACGACAUGAAGUCGCCGGUUAACAUACAGAACGAAGAAUUGAGACUGACAUUCCCCGUGAGAGACGGCAUCAUUCUCCAGCCCUUCCGUCUAGAGCACAAUCUGGCCGUUAGCAAUCACGUGUUCGCGCUGAAGCCCACGGUGCAUCAGACGCUGAUAUGGCGAUCCGAUUUGGAGCUGCAGCUCAAGUGUUUCCACCACGAGGACAGGCAAAUGAACACGAAUUGGCCGGCGAGCGUGCAGGUCUCGGUUAACGCUACUCCCCUCGUCAUCGAUCGCGGCGAGAACAAAACCACCCACAAACCUCUUUACUUGAAGGAUGUCUGUCAAGUGGGAAGGAACACAAUACAGAUCACCGUGUCCGCGUGCUGCUGUUCACAUCUGUUCGUCCUCCAACUGGUUCACCGGCCGAGCGUACGAAGUGUACUUCAGGGAUUACUACGUAAAAGGCUUCUGUCGGCGGACAAUUGCAUAACUAAAAUCAAAAAGAAUUUCAAUAGUACAAUUUCGACCAAUGGCAUACAAUCGGAGAAGGACGUAGUGGAGCAAACAGCACUCAAGGUAUCCUUAAAAUGUCCUAUUACAUUCAAACGCAUCGUACUGCCAGCUAGAGGGCACGAUUGCAAGCAUGUACAGUGUUUCGAUCUGGAGUCGUAUCUGCACUUAAAUUGCGAACGAGGCUCGUGGAGGUGUCCGGUGUGCUCAAAACCCGCGCAAUUGGAGGGCUUGGAAGUCGAUCAGUAUAUAUGGGGAAUUUUGAACACGUUGAAUACCGCGGAGGUCGACGAGGUAACGAUAGACUCGGUCGCCAACUGGAAAGCCGCGAAGAGUAGCUUAGCCGGCAUCAAGUCCGAGGAGGAGAACGAGUACAAGAGAACAACGGCCAAGGCGAUGUCGCCGGGCAGCAUGAACAUGCCGACCAUGAACAAUUGGGAGAUGAAUCAGGCGAUGAGCCCCUACUUACCGCCCGACAUGAACAGCAUCGUGAGCGGCUCUAUGAUGAACAACAUCAACCACCGGAACACCUCGGGCGGAAUGUAUGAGAUCAACUCAGCGACGAGCACCUCCGGCAAUAACGACUACGCCGGCGGUGCGGGUCCUCUCUCGCAUCUCAACGAGUCCGUCAACACGUUGGACACUCUUAAUGCUAUAGAGAAGUCGAUCAACGAGCAGAUGCCUCACACCCCGCAUACGCCGCACACUCCGCAAUCGACGCCUCACACUCCGGGCGGCGGCAACAGCGGCCCGCCGAGCGUCCCACCCGCGUCGCAGGAGUCCACGGGGAACCACAACACCUCCGGCAACACGAGUACAACUAUAAGUAACGAUAACAACGCCACCGCGGACAUACCGUCGGACCUAAACUUCGACCCCGCUGCGGUCAUAGACGGAGAAGGCACCGGUCAGGAGGCGCUAAAUCUCCUGUCGGACAACGUUGUGGACGCGAUGGACUUCUUGUCGUAUCUCGAUCCACCGGACCUAAACACUCCGCCCAGCAGUGGCGCUAGCAGCGGUAACCCUUCCUCCAGCGACGACAUAUUGGCGCUUUUCGAUUAAGACAAAAAGAACAUGCGAAUUGGUGUUUUCCUUUUUUUUUUGUAAAGGUGUAAUCAAAUCGCGACUCUCGCUUUGGAGUGACCAGAAAGUAAGAUGAAAGAGAGAGGGGAGGGAGGAAGGGAAAGUUGACACCUCGCUGCAAAUACUAUUCUGCGGCUACAGUGUACUUCCGCGCGCGAAUUCCUCGGAACAGGCAACCGCGUAACACACGGCCCUCCCGCCAGGGCGGGGCCAGAUGCACAAAAAAAAUCGGGUUGCACAAAAAUUCGCCGAUCUUCUGGGCCCAUUGAUGACAACAUCGCGGGGGUAGAUUUACGGAACUAACCUACUCACUGUACGCGGACACUUGUAGUGAGGGAAUUCAAAUUUUAUUAGCGUCACUAUGGGUGCUCUCACCUAAUCAAUGGUACAAAAAAACUAUAGUUGUAGUUAUAAUAUUCCUAUAGAAGUUAGGAUGAAUUAGGGUUUAAGAGCGGCGACUUUAUGAAGGACGCGACAGCACGGAGGAAGGUACUGUUAAUAAGUAAACUCUCGCUGUGAAGGGUGUUAUUGCACGGAUAGCUGCUGCGCUAUCAUGUCACGUUAAGAAUGUGUCUCCCUUGAGUCCCGAGCCGGAGGCAUGUCCUUAAUGUUCGGUAAUACAUAUUAGCGCAUGUUGCGCCGCGCGCCUCAGGAAAAGGAAAUAUUCCAGAAAUAGUUUUAACGUAGAGCGGCAUUCACGCCCGGCUGAGUUUUCCGUUCGAGCGAACGACGUUGCCAUCGUACGAAUCAACGGGCCGGCGGGGGUAGAGGGCUAAGGAGGAGGAGGAGGAGGAGGAGGAAGUAGGAGGUGGGAGGUGGGAGAGAUAACCGAUGGCCGACGAUUGAUCGCGAACGUUCAUUAAGGAUCAUUGGAUGUGCAUUUCUCUUUGCGUAUUAUUAUUUCGCCGCUUGAACGGGUCACACACGAGACUUGUUGUCGGGGGAGGGAGGGAGGAGAGGUUGUCCUUGCAAUACACAGUCUUUACCUAGCUGAAACCGGUCUACUCGCACUCGGAGGCUAUGAUAGACCUACAGAACGCGACCAGAACGAUAAUUGUACAGUAUCUACUUUUGUAAAUAAGUUUUAAUCCAGUUAAGAGACACGCUCGUCUGUUGGGGGAGAGAGCUACCUUGCUUAUUAAUGGAUAUAGUGCAUAUAGUGUUCCUUUUUCUUUCGAAAAAAAAAAACAGUUAGUGGCGACAGAUGGAAGUGAAUUAACUAGGGGACGUCGGGCUUCACCCUGGAGAUUUAAUAGCACAAGAAGAAACGCGACGAAGGGCCGAAGAGCGCCGAAAGAAGGAGCGAGAGCGAAGGAAGAGCAGGGCAGGGGAGAGGGGGAAACGGCAUGCAGUUUACCGUUCAUCAUGAUUUCGACCAGAAGGAAACAAUUAGUAUUAUUCGCAGUAACGAUUAGUAUUAUUCCGCGGGCAAGAGCACGUGCUGCGCGUAACGUUUUCGCGUUAUCAGUCGAAGUCGCUGCGACUUCCUUCAACCGGACGUUCUUACACACCGUCACCCGGAGUGACGGAUCAUUUGCGUAAAUUCGACCAUCUCGUCACACACACACACAGACACACAAUCGCGGGAAUGUUGGCUGGAAUAGUCCGAGUGACAAGCUCGAGCCUCGAGAAUGACAAAGUUGUUUCGCGGUCGCGCGAUGCGUGCGAGAGUGUUCCGCGUAGGGACCACGAAGGUAGAAAGAUAUGCGCGCGCGCAUGUGUGUUGUGUGUGUGCGUGCGUGCGUGCGUGUGUGUGUGCGUGCAUGUGCGCGUGUGUGUGUGUGUGUGUGUGGUGUGUGCGCAUUCGGCUUCGCAGCGUGCGACGGGAGCCGCAUUGUCCGUAAAAUUUUCUCACCGACUUUUUCGACGGAGCUGCGGUCUUUUCUACCUCGCGCGACGCUCGUCUUUUUGUAAUUCCGAGGAGGGGGAGAAAGAGAAAGAGAUACAUCAAGCGGAGGACGGGGGAGAGGGGAGGAGUGAAAAUAUCUGCGCAUAUGGAAUUUAUUUUCACAUUUUUCGACGCGUGUGUAGACGUACGUCUUACAUAUAUCUCGCGACUCGCGCGUUAUUUAACCACUUUUUUGCAUGAUGCGUUCUUGAAUUAUGUUUUCUACUACGUCGUUGCGUGCGUGUUUCGCGAUCGCUUGACUUUUUUGUUUCUUCCUUUUUUUUUUUUUCUUUUUUGCUUGAGUUUCCUCUCAGCCUCACGGCGACCCGACGAUCGCCGUCGCGAACCUUUCGCCGUCGGUGAGACGCGCUUUCCGCGAGGGCCUUAAGAGAAAACCCGUGCACACUACGCGGUCCGCACACAAUCAAAUUUUAUACGGGCAGCGAGAAGAACGGAGAAACGUGAGAGGGGAGAAUCAAAAUUUUCUGCUCGCGGGAGAGACGCGGACACGUCGCGCCUCCGCGUAUAUACGGUGUACAUAUACUCAGGCGCACGCUUCUAACGUUAUUAUUUACUACUCAGGGCAGUGGUUGCGCGGCAAUUCGCGGGUGUGUGAUGCAGCAUGCGGAAAUAUCAAUUCUGUAUUAUUUCUCGUUCGCACGCAAUUCAGCGGCGAGCCGACCCGCCGUCCUCCGGCCUCUCGGCGGACGCGCGGCUCGGCGCUGGCCGUCACAUUUAACACGAAGAAAAAAGAGUAACAAGAAAUAAAAUAAAAAAGAUACUGCCAGAGUGAUACCGCCCAAGACCCCCUUGCUUGUAUAGUUACAAACAUUUGUAUCUUUUGUGAUUAUGAAAGAUAUAUUUAAAGUGAUCCCCUCAUCUAGAUUAUACAAAUUUUAUAUAAAAAUGUAUUUAUAUUCCACUGUGCAAAGCGGAGGGUGAGAAGGAAGGAGGGAAGGAGGGAGUGAGGGAGGGCGUGAUGGGGAGCCGGGGAGAAAGAGUGGGAAAGGGCACGGAGAGACGGCGGAGCGAACUAGCGCACAGUGUGAUGGAUUAGGUGUAGUCGAGUUUCUAUUCGUAUUACUAUAAUAUUAAUGAGGUUUAGAUUUUAAUAUUAUACUUGUACUAUUAAGGAGGCGUCAGAGAAAACAUACUGUGUAUAUUACUUGUAUAUAUGGUAAAUAGAAUAGCGAUGUAAGAAAAGUGGCAGAUACUUAUUGGCCAGUUAUUAAUAGUGAAAAUGAUUAUCUUACAUA